AUGACAUUUAAUCAUGGCCAACUUAUUAGUCUCAAAUCAUCCACUCUGUCGGUAGUGUCUAAUGCUAAUGGUACCCCUUCCCCUGUGGUUGGGGAGGGCUCUCUAUCUCUCUCUACUUCCCUACAUAUGGAUUCUGUAUUGCUUGUUCCGUCAUUGGACCAUAACUUGUUGUCUAUUGCACAACUUACUACUACUUUGGGGACAUCAUCAUGGGAAAGACGGUUGGUUGUGGUACUUGGUGGGGCAAACUCUACUACUUGGACUAGGCACCGGAUAGUGAGACCAAAGUUGGUCAAGCUUUCACAACUAGUGGAACUCGUUCUGAGGGGGAGAGUGACAAAGUUUGGUUAUGGCAUAAACCUCUUGGGCAUGCCUCGUUCGGUUAUCUUAAGAAGUUGUUUCCAUCAUUAUUUUCCAGUCUUGAUGUUUCCAGCUUCCAAUAUGAUACGUGUGAAUUGGCUAAAAGCCAUUGUGUCCCGUUCCCAUUGA